UCACCUGUCAACUCAUCAUCUUUAUAAUCGUCAAUUUCCGAAGAUGCGUUUCUCUCSUUCUCUAUCUGUCCAGGACCAGUCUGAAGUGCAGCGCCUUCCGURAAGUUUUUCAAGUUUGUAAAAAUGCACAAACAGGAAAAACCACUGUCGAUGUUAUGGGGUUGUGAACUCAGCGACUCAAAGAUGCAGGAAACAUUCAAAACGGAUGAUACAAACUACCAACACCAACUCGCCCUGAGAACUAUGUGUCUGGGCGCAGGCGCCAAAGAAGAGUUCAACAUUGUGGAGUUGAUUACUGGAGAACCGGCUAAUGGUAAAGGUGUAGCCGUGGCGACCCUGCAUGCCAACGGCAUGCCCAUGGUCAAUCUCUCUGGGCUUGAACUCCACCCUCCUGUCACCUUCAGGCUGAAGAGUGGUGCUGGACCUGUGUACAUCUGUGGGGAACACAUUGCACUGGAGGAUGACUUCUCAGGCAUGGAGAGUGGUGAUGAGGAGAUGGAGGAUGAGGAGGAAGACAUUGAGGAGUCUCCUGUGAAGCCUAAGAAAGCACUAGCCAAAAGCGUAAAUGCUGCAGGCAAGAAAAAGAAGCCAGAGGCAGCAGAUGAACCCGUGUCUGACGACGAGAACCCUCCCAAAAAGGGAAAGGGGAGAGGAAAAGGCAGGGGAAAGUAAUCCCAGGUGCUGCUGCUCAUCCAAAUGUCCUGUUUGGUCAAUACAAAGGUUCUGUCAAUCAAAGUGUCUUUCUACCUGUUCAGUACAUGGAUUAAACUAAGGCUGUUUGUCCUGUACAUGUGGUCGGCGCUUUGUAAGUAAAUCGUUUGGAAGAAAUGG